UCAGAUUAUUCAUUCAAGCACUACUGUGUGUGCAGCCCUCCUGUGGUUCUGGCAACACAGGCUUUUGGUCCCCGCACUGUCCGUCAGCAGAUGAACUCCAUCACAGCUUUCAUCGAUGCCAAGCAAGUUAAUGGCUCAAAUGAUAACACAACACGCUCCCUUCAUGACCUCAACACAGAUUAAGGCCUUUUAAGGGUUAACAUGGAUUUCACUGACAAUGGCCAUGAGCUGCUCCCUUUUAGUAAGAUGGCUAGCAACGUAUGUGCCACACAGAGACGUUUCACCGGGGACACCAGUGCUGAGGAGGUGCUCUCUGCAUUCUGUUUCUCCGCAGGUGAGUCGCACUCCAAUGAAAAUAUUGCCCUGUCAGUUCUACACAUAGUGAUGAUGCACGAAUACAACCGUCGAGGCCUGUCUACACUGAACCCUCACUGGAACUGGGAGGAUACUUUCAGGUAAGAAAAGAUUAUCUUCUGCUUUCUUGAGGUCAUCAUCUUUAGAGACUAUUUGCCACAAAUUGUUGGUCAAGACAACGGUGUUAAAGACACCUGUCCACUUAUCCUGGCUAUGAUAAAAAACGUCAACCCCAACAUCUCCAACGUGUUUGCUACAGCUGCAUACCGAUUUGCUCACCUGGCCAUUCAACCUUUUAUAUAUCAUCUUGAUGAAAGCUCAGAGGAGCACACUGAUUACCCCAGCCCAGAUCUGCAUAAAAAGGCACAUUUUGCUGAACAGAGGAAGGUUUUAACCAAGGAAUAA